AUGAGUGCUCCUACGGACACGGAAAAGCUGCUGCAGCGUCUACGAGAGGCAGAGGAGAGAGCUGCACGAGAGGCAGAGCGGGCCAAUCGAGCAGAAACCGAAAGGGACCAAGCAGCGAUCGAACGGGACCAAGCAGCGAUCGAACGGGACCAAGCAGCGAUCGAACGGGACCAAGCAGCGAUCGAACGGGAUCAGGAGGAGGAGCGAGCCAAUCGAGCAGAAACCGAACGGGAUCAGGAGAGGGAACAGACCCGACCGACAACCCUAGAUGAAUAUCUGGAAGCCUGCCACAAUCUCGUCUACACACGCCUUACGGUUGAAAGCGACCCGUCCAGGACCACUACCGGCAGCAUCCGUGCCUACAAUAAGUUUGUUCCGGAGCACCUCAAGCAGUGGACUAGCUUUUUCGAUGAGCAGGGCCAGAUGCUGACCCUCAUCUACUCCUUCUUUCCGGUAGAGGAACGACUCUUUGAUAAUCGAGCCUACCUGGCGACGCUUGGCAAUAAAGUGUCGGCAGCUCCUAUCGCAGACGAGAAAAUGCUAGAGAAUUUUCUACAUAAUUGUGUAGAGGAGCAGGUUAGGUGUAUCAUACAUGAGCUCAGUAAAUCUGAGGACUUUCAACGGCAGUUGAAUAUUGGAUCUGGUAUCAAGUUUGAGAACCAUCUCAAAGCGAUCAGUGAUACGGCCUAUGAAGUCGUCGAACGAGAACGCCGACAGCCACUCCCACCGCUGCAGCAGGAAUCAGAGGAGCCAGGGCCAGAGUCACAGCGCCCAAGGACACCAGAUCUCAUCCGCGACCCUGCGAAGCUGAAUGCCGACCAAAUCUGCAUCUAUCGCUACGAGGGGAAUGGCUUGGGAAAGCGGUCUGUCAUUGCAAUCGCUGAGUACAAGCCACCUCACAAGCUCACCCUCCCACAGCUCCGGAAAGGCCUGCACGACAUGCACAUCUUCCAAGACGUUGUUUGCAAGAAUAAGAUCCCAACAGAGGCGGAAGCCAAGUUCCAACAUUAUGCCGAGGAGCUGACCGCUGCCGCCAUCACGCAGACCUACCACUACAUGAUCAAGGGUGGUCUAGCUUAUAGCCUCUUGACGACCGGCGAGGCUAUUGUAUUUCUCAAGAUUGAUUGGAGAGCUCCUGAGGUUCUUUACUACCACCUAGCAGAGCCUGGUCCGGAGGUGGAAGCGCAUGGACAGUUCCGUUCAUGUACGGCUAUUUCCCAGUACCUGGCCUUCCAUCUCCAGGCACUUGGGGAUCACGCGCACAUCGACCAAGACAGGCGCCAGCAAGUUAUUGGUGGGCUAAGGCAGUGGAAGGUGGACUUCCGGCGCACAGCGAGCACAAUUUCCAAGGAUCAGCAGGAGGCGUCGCCGGGAUCACCUGCCUUUACUCCCACAACUUACAGUACUGUCGAUCGCUCAGUGAAACCCCGGAAGCGCAAGCCAAAGAAAACUACUGAAGCUGGAAGAACGCUUCCUGUGAGACGGGGAAGGGAUGAUGAACCUGAUGACGAUGGGGAUUUAAAUCGCCCGCCUAGUGCUAGUCCAGCAGAGCGGCAACAACCAGGGCAGACCCAGGGAACUCGGCGGAGCAAGCGGGUUGCCGGACGGGCUGCUGGGGAAAGCAGUCAAGGCGACAGCACGAACAGCAAUAAAGGCAGUGACCAAGCUCUCCAGUUCUGUACACAGAGGUGUCUGCUGGGCCUGGUGAGAGGUUAUAUACUUGACGCCAAAUGCCCAAAUUUUACCCUUCAUAGAACUCGGAAUUGCAAGACGAAUUGCCCCAAACGCCAUCCCAUUACACACGCCAACUUCCUCAAGCUUCUUUCUACGCAGCUGAAACGAACUCUUGACUCUGGGAUCAAAUCGUUGGACAUUACUGGUUCUCGCGGGGCUCUCUUCAAGGUUUCUUUGCUUGCGUAUGGGUACACUUUCAUUGGCAAAGGUACGGUGAAGGCUUUCAUCUCAGAUUUGAAGCACGAAGAACUCGUCUACAGGCGACUUGAGAAAGUACAAGGGACCCAUGUACCCGUCUUCCUCGGUGCUAUCGACCUUCGUCCCCUCGGUAGGACGUACUACUAUGAUCUCCGCGUUGACGUGGUUCACCUGUCAUUUUUGUCUUGGGGAGGUGUCGGUUUGAGAGAUAUUGAUGCAAAAGAUCUUGAUGUGGCUUUUGUAAUGGGAAGGGCAAUACGGUCCAUGAAAGCCAUCCAUCAAGAAGGGGUGGUACACAGGGAUGCGCGCCGGGAAAAUAUAUUGUUCAACCCAGAAACUCGAGAGGUAAUGACCAUUGAUUUCGAGCGCUCGCGGCUUCUCUCGCCACCCCGACGCCAGCUGGCCGCUCUGCAACCUAACAAGCGACGGCGGAUUCAAGAUACGAGCGGGAAGGUUAAGGCGGUAUCUCGUCCUCGUAGUGUUGAGAGCCAACUGGAGCCGGGUUUCUUGCAUGAUCUCGCAGGAGUGGAAGGAGCGUUCAUGUGA